CUCCCUUUCCUUAUCCAUUCAUUCUAUCACAUCCUGCAGCAGCCCCAUCUCUGCUCUCGUCUGUCUCUCCCUCUCCCUUCUCUCUCUCGCUCUCUCUCCCUCUGCAUAUACUUCUAUCAAUGUUGUAUCAACAUCUUCUUGUAUCUUCCAUUUCUAGUUCAAUCAAUUGUCAAAGUCAGCUUCAUUGAUUCAUACAUAGUCUUUAAAUCUAUGUAUAGUAUGUAUGAUUCUUAUGUAUGCAGAUAGAUUGAUAGAAGAAACAUGUCGUGUCUGUUGCCGCAGUUCAGGUGCUUGCCGGACACCUUCUCUGUUAACUUUAAAACCCACCACCACACUGCCACUCAACCCUCAAGAAAUAGGGACCCUACUUACUUACGGACACAAUGCAUUUUGUCUACUGCAUCACCACCAACAUCAACAGCAACAGCUACGCUGCUCGAUGUAGAGAAGUUACAAUUACCAUCUUUAGAAGCUCAUUCGAAUUCAGUUGCUGCAAACAGACCAUGGAUAUCACCCACAUCAUCGACAACUGCAGUGCUUCAUAUGGAAAAGUUGCAAUUGCCGUCUUUAGAAGCUCAUUCAAAUUCAGCUUCUACACACAGACCAUGGGCCUAUAUUGGGCCAGUCAGUCCACCCUUGGAGGCAAAUUUUGGAGCAACUUUGGCCGCAGAGAAUCUUCUUACAAGUGAAGAGGCUGUAAUAGCUGCUGCUUCUGCUGAAGCAGUUGCUUUAGCAAAGGCUGCUGUUAAGUUUGCAAAGGAUGCAGCUAUGAUGGUGAACUAUGCUAACUCUGCACAAUCAGAUGGUAGACCUACACUGCUCUCAUUUGAAGCUGAUAAUUCCCUAUUCAAGAGGGCUCAGUUGGCUCAACCUGUGGAAGCAGCACAAGUUGGUGUAGUGGGAGAAUCAAGGUUAGAUGAAAAUCAACUGGAGGAAAAUUAUUCCUUAAGUUACACCCUCGAAGAUUCUGAUGAUGUGGAGCCAACACAUGAGGAGCUUGAACUCCUCCAGGCACAACUGUUGAAGAGUAUAGCUGUGAGAUCAAGGCAUCAAACGGAACGAAACGAGAGAAGAGCAAGAGCAGCUGAGAGGGCCGCAGCCAAUGUUGUGUCUGUGAAAUCUGGUUCUAAUAGCCGAAAAAAGCGAGCUUCUUUACAGGAAAUAGAUUACUCUGAUCCUCUGCGUUAUUUGAGGGGAACAACCAGUACUUCCAGGCUUCUCACUACUGCUGAAGAACAUGAGUUAUCAGGGGGAAUACAGGUCCUGUUGAAGUUGGAGAAACUCCAGGACGAACUCGCAGAACGUUGCGGGAUUCAGCCCACUUUUGCACAAUGGGCUGCUGCUGCUGCUGUUGAUCAGAAAACCUUAAGGAAGCGUUUAAACUAUGGUAUCUUUUGCAAAGACAAAAUGAUAAAGAGCAAUGUACGGCUUGUUAUUUCCAUUGCAAAACAUUAUCAAGGAUCUGGGAUGAAUCUCCAAGAUCUUGUUCAGGAAGGAUGUCGAGGCCUUGUAAGAGGUGCAGAGAAGUUUGAUGCUGCCAAGGGUUUCAAAUUUUCAACCUAUGCUCACUGGUGGAUAAAACAGGCAGUUCGAAAGGCUCUUUCUGAUCAGUCGAGGACAAUUAGAUUACCAUUUCACAUGGUGGAGGCAACUUACAGAGUGAAGGAGGCCAGAAAGCAGUUGUAUAGUGAAAAUGGAAGACAGCCUAAUAAUGAAGAAAUCGCAGAGGCAACAGGGCUCUCAAUGAGGAGGCUCAGUGCUGUACUACUAACCCCUAAAGCCCCAAGAUCUCUAGAUCAGAAAAUUGGAAUCAACCAAAAUCUCAAACCUUCGGAAGUGAUUGCAGAUCCCGAAGCAGAAACAUCAGAAGAGUUGUUGAUGAAGCAAUUCAUGAAACAGGAGCUGGAGAAGGUGCUGAACACACUAAACCCGAGGGAGAAACAGGUGAUCAGAUGGCGGUUUGGACUGGAGGAUGGGAGGAUGAAGACGUUGCAAGAGAUUGGGGAGUUAAUGGGUGUGAGCAGAGAGAGAGUCCGGCAAAUUGAAUCUUGUGCAUUUCGAAAGUUGAAGAACAAGAGGAGAACCAAACAUCUGGAGCAGUAUUUGAUUUCAUAAUUGCCCCAACCCCGCGAGAUAGAGAGAUAGAAAUAGAGGCUUGAUGAUAUUGUUGAGUUUCUUUCUCUCCCAUUUGUUUUUCUUCUGUUUCCAGCAAAUGGAACUGUAUCAUUUUCAGAGAACACUAGAAUUUGUUUGUCCAUAGGUACAAAAGAUUUUGAAUCAAUGCAUUGUCAACAAAAUUUAUGCAGAGAAGGCAAACAUACUUGGGGGAUACGAACUGAAAGGAUCAUCAAUGUUUACCAUGGUUCUGAGUCCUUCAAUGUUCAAGCUGAGAGGAUUGCAAUGAACUUGUAUAAUGACUUCUUCCCUUGUAGUAUUUGUAUUUUGUUUGGUCACCGGUGAAACGGGCAAUGCAGCCGCUGCCUGAGAUUAUGCCGGGGCUGAUCACUGAC